UCUAACUAAUUUAAUGUCAUCAUUAUCUGGAAAAGAGUUUAUUAUUGAUUAUAAUAAUUUGUACCCCGUCAUUGAUGAUUUCCAGGUUUUGGCCAAAUUGUACCCUGAUUUAGAUCCUUUAAAAUGUGAAUUUAUCAUGAAAUCUGUCUUUGUAUUUUUUGAUGAACCAAUGUCCUUUACAAAUUCUCAGGUAGCAACCACUACUUUGGAUUUUCUACGUAAAUGUAAACGUGCUUCGACUAAAGAUAAUUUAUCAGAAUCAUCCAAUGAAAUAACUGCCACAAGACUGCCUUGUAAUAAUACAGAUCCUAAAACCAACUUGAUACCACUCAUAAAGGAAGUAAAAGAUAUUUUUUCUGAUUUAACUGAGGGAUUUAUAGAGAAAUGUCUGGAAAACUACAACUACAGUUCAGAAUCAGUUAUAAAUGCUGUUCUUGAAAAUUCAUUACCAACUGAGCUAAUAAGUUUUUACUGUAUGUCACCUGUUAUUCCACCUCUUUCAGAUGAAGCUUCAGCAGCUAUCGACGUAGAUAUCGGAAGGCAAAGAUUGAAUAUUUACAAUAAUAAUGAAUUCGAUGUUACAACUCAAAGUUCUGUAAAGUCGUCAAAUAUUCAGCAAGGACAAAGAAAAGAUAAGCAUAAGAGUUUAAAUGAAUUAUUAAAUGAUAAAAGUUAUUUGGUUGCAACAAAAUAUGUUUACAAUAGAUAUAGUAUAGUAUCCGAUGAUUAUGAUGAUGAGUAUGACGAUACGUAUGAUGACAUUAAUACUAUUGGCUUGAAUACCCAAGAUGACAUUUCGGAUAUAAAUGGAAGACCAUUCACAACACCCAAUGUCUUUCGCAAGUAUAAAUCUAACAAUUCAGAGAAAAUUGAAAAAAUUGAGUUUGAAGAUGCAGUUAACAUAAAAGAAAAUAGAAGUUUAUUUUCGCAUAAUCCAGAUUUAAAAAAAAUAAAAACUAAAGAACAACCAUGUCAUAAUUCAAAAGCUCGAAUGGUUGAUCCACAAAAUGAAUUAGUAAUUGGUAAUCUGAUAGAUCAAGGGCAACAAAAGAAUUUUUUCGAUUGCGGAUAUAAAAAAAAUACAAAAAAAAGUUCUAGACCUAAUCACAAUCGCCGCUCUGCUUCACAGUGGAAACGUAACCAAGGAGUGCUACCGUUAUAAAGUUGUAUUAGUGUGCCAGUGAAAUUUACGUUGACCUUGCAACUUAUAGUCCACGUUUCAUUACUCUUAUUAUUAUUUAAGUAAAGAUUUUUUGAUCUUAAAAUAAUAUUUUAACAUGUUACGACGAUUUUUACA